UUCCUGUCAUUUUUUCCCCAUCCAUUUUUCCAGGAAUUUAAAAUAUUGCUAUACGGAUCAGGCAUGUCAUUGAUCUCUUCAUAAGCUUAUUAUCAUAAAUAGAUACUUAUAGCAUAUUUACACAUCAGCUGUUCAUUCAUAAUAGCAAUAAAAUUCAACGCACUUAAAAACCCAUUAGCACCUUUUGUUCGCUUAUCAGCUAGCCGUCGUCAAUGUCAAGGUUAAGCGUGUUUUAUGGCUUGCAUUGAAUAACAUUCUCCAGUUAUAGAUACACACAAAUACAUUUAUUUUAUCUGUUAUUCACGUUACUUGCUUAUUAAAACAUCUUUUUUCAGUGUAGAAUUGCGAAAUACUUUGUUAUUUUAUACUUGUCUUGAAUCGUAUAACGUGGCUUGUUGCGUAAUACGUAAAUUCCUUUACACAUUUAUUUGUGCCUUUCUCUUAGUAAUACAUUAAUAACAGCUGUCUUACCAUACCUAUAGUAGGUUUAUUCAUAUUUGUGGCUUAUUUUUUUUCACGCUCUUUAUCGUACACUUACAGUGUUACUCAUCUUAGGUACUUCUUUGUAUGUGAGUAACUUAACUUAUUUGCUUAACUUUUAACUGCUUAAUCCCGCCUUUCUUAUAGCUUAGACAUCUUUCUUUUGCCUUAAAUCUUCAUUAUGUCUGUCGCUAAAUUGGGGGAGCUUGUUAAGAAGCGUGGAAGCUACAAAGCAAAAAUGACUCAGUUCAUGACCUUUUUAAAACUAAUGCCUGAUAGUGGUCAUUCUCUUACUCCAUCCCAGGUAUUAGAAUUAGAAAUGCGUGUCAGUAGAUUGGAAGUGCUGUAUAGUGAAUUCGACGCGUUACAGACGGAGCUGGAGCUGUUGUCGGAGGACGUGGACGAGCGGUACAGCGAGCGCGAGCAGUUCGAGACGCAGUACUACGCGCAGCUGUCCCGCGCGCGCGAGCUGCUGGCCGCCGCGCCCGCCCCCGCCGCCCCCGCGCCCAGCCUGGACGGCGCCCGCUCCAGCGGCUCUGGUUGCAAGCACGACUUCGUGAGACUUCCCAAGAUAGACUUACCUCACUUUGACGGCGACUAUCAGCACUGGCUCCAAUUCCGAGAUACGUAUAUUUCUCUCAUACAUAAUAAUAGUUCCAUAUCAAACAUUAACAAAUUCCAUUAUCUUCGCGCAGCAUUGAAAGGUAGUGCAUCAAUUAUUGUGCAAAGUUUGGACUUGACGGAGGCGAACUACGACAUUGCUUGGCAGUUACUCAGCGAACGGUACGACAACACUCGCCUUCUCGUCAACAAUCACGUCCAGGCUCUGUUCAAUGUUGAACCUAUCCAACGGGAAUCAAGCCAAGCCCUUAGAAAUGUCAUUGAUGUCACCAACAAAAAUCUGCGUGCACUGUCUUCACUCGGUGAACCAGUGGAUAAUUGGGACACCUUAAUUAUCUUCAUCAUGACCAAAAAAUUAGACCCCUCGACCAACAGGCAAUGGGAAGAGUUCAAAAAUUCAAUAAACUCUUCACCAUCUUUAAAACAAUUCACGUCAUUUUUGUCGAAUAGGGCAGAUCUAAUCGAAACUUUAAACGACAACAGCAAGUUCAUAAAUAAAAACAAGUCAUCAUCAUCAUCAUCAGCCACAACUAUUAGUUCCCAUCAGGAUUCCAAUAAACAAAUAAAAAACUUUCAUUCAACAACAAAACAUAAACCAUUUCAACAUAAAAACAAAUGCCCUAUGUGCUCAGAUGCUCAUUUUCUAUUCACUUGUGAAUCUUUUAGAAAACUCGACAUUGAGGCAAGAAUAAAGAAAGCUUCUGAGAGCAAUGUUUGUAUGAAUUGCCUCAGGCCAGGUCAUUCUGCAAAAUCAUGCACGUUGUCUCAUUGCAAAUAUUGCAAAUAUAGGCACAACACCCUGCUUCACAGGGAAAUCUUUCAAGAGAAUGACAACGGUGACAAUGUAGCAUUGUCCACCAACAUUAUUUCUUCUCCAACAUCCGCAUGUAACAGAGGUAUUGUCCUGCUUUCCACAGCUAUGGCGAGAGUUGCCGACGUCGAUGGGAACCUGCAAUCUGCUAGACUUCUCCUAGACAACGGGAGCACCUCCAACUUCAUCACCCAAGACCUCUGUGGCAAGCUGGGCUUGGUAAGACGCAGCACCAGCUCCACCGUCUCAGUCAGAGCCGUCCACCUGGAGCUGGUGUCCGACCUCACUAAGGAGGGAUUCCUCGCAGCCUUUUCCCGUUUCACGGCUCGUCGUGGCAAAUCUCAGCGCGUCUACUGCGACAACGGCACCAACUUCGUCGGAGCGUUCAACGAGCUCACACGUCUUCUUGAAAGUUCCUCCAAAGAUAUAGAGGCAGACAUUGCCAACCAUGGCAUCGAUUUUAAAUUCAUUCCUGCCUACUCACCCCACUUCGGGGGCUUAUGGGAAUCAGCCGUAAAAUCCACAAAACAUUUGCUUCGUAGAGUCCUAAAUCUUACUCACUUAACCUAUGAAGAGCUCUCCACAUGUCUGAUUCAGAUAGAGGCUAUUUUAAAUUCCAGACCCUUGACGCCUCUAUCCUCCGAUCCUUCUGAUCUUUCUUACUUGUCCCCUGCCCAUUUCCUAAUUGGACGGCCACUCACCUCAGUCCCUGGUCCUCAGGUCGCCGACGUCAACCUUCAGCAACUUGAGCGUCACGAGAGGAUUGAGAAGUUGCGUCACCAUUUUUGGCAGCGUUACGCUAACGAAUAUGUAUCUCUUCUCCAGCAACGCACAAAAUGGCAGACAGAUGGACAAGACUUGAAGACCGGCACCAUGGUCUUGAUCAAGGACGUGAACCAACCCCCGCUACUCUGGCUGCUGGGAAGAGUGACCGACGUCAAGCCGGGUCCUGAUGGCCGCAGCCGAGUCGCGGAGAUCCUGACAAAGAAGGGGACCAUCACAAGGGCAUACAACAACAUAUGCCCCCUUCCUGUUUCAACUUCUUGAAGACACAGCUCUUCAACCCGGGGAGUAUGUUCCGACCGGAACGCCUACACCUACAACCUGCCCACAUCGCCUCGGGGAUCCUCGGCAAUCUUCGUGCCUCCACCACUCGCGCGAUGCGAGCUCCGAGACAUCGCGGCGCGGCACACACACUCGCUCAGCCCUCCGCGACCGCGCAACAUAUACAUUUCUCGGCCUUUUGCACAAUCAGCGCCUAUUUUAAUUAAUACAGUUUUGUCUAAAUUCUAUCUGAGUUUCAUUGAAGAAGUUAGGAGUUCCCAGAAGCAUAGCACCAGGAGCCUAACACUCA